AUGCUGGCUAUGCAUCGAAAUCCGUUCACGGGGCUGGCCACAUACGAAGCCGGCGGACCCCUGUUCACGGUCUCCGGUCGCCGAUAUAACGAAGAUCGCAAAGGUCGCGAGUUGGAUCAUCACUAUGCCUGCCAGCAAGCCGAAGAUACUAUCAGCAAGGCGACUCCGGUCAGGUUCGGAGAAAGGGUCCUGAUGACCUUCAGGUUUAUGAGUGGCGAGAAGAAACAUAGAUUGUCGUUGCAGAAACAUGGACAUGUCAUGACUUUCUUCGAUGUUUUCGAUACCAACAGUGGGCGAAGAAUGGGCGAGAUUCGUGAAAGUGCCAGACACAGCCAGAAGCUGGCCCUGCGACGAUCCUCGCAUGGGAGAAGUCGACCUGCGUGGGAUAUUACUCUCAUGCCUGGUAUUGAUAUGGCUUUGAUGGCCGCCUUAAGCGUGAUCAUCUCGGAAUGGCACUUCAAGACCGACUGA